CCCACCCUGCUAUGACCCCCCUCCGCAGUAAUUCACUGCUGAUAUGCUUUCCUUUCGACUUACUUUCUGCUCUGCCCAUGUUUUCCAGUGGAAGACACGCCUGUUGUUUUGGCUCCGCCCCAACAACUGGCUUCAGUGUCCGGUAGUUACAGAAUCUGUAUACAGUCUUCGUUGGUCCGGAUUGGAAGCUGGCAGAGCGGGGCCUUCCACACUCCUCAGUACAUGAACCCCAGCCGAGUCCGGGGAUGGAUUGCACUGUGCGCUCAUCCCUCCAUUCUUUCCACGAGCAGUCAUGAUGCUCUUGACAAGGAAGCCUGAGGGCCCCAUAGCAGCAGGGCCUUGCUGCCUGUAGGGACUAUCAAAGUUGGUCAGCGAUGAUAGAUUUGAUGUGAGAUAUGGUGAUGGCUUGUAUGAUUCAUAUAUGAGGCUUGAUCAGAUGGCAGCACAAGAUGCGGCAGAGGAUAAAGAAAGCCCGUCCACUCUACCUUCAUUUGGGAGACUUGCUAUAAGUGGAAAUAAACUUGCAAUGAAGGAUCAACAACAAGUUAAAGUACAACAGUUAUUUGAGGACUCCAGUAACAGAAGGGUUGGUGCAGGUGUUCCAAGUACAGAAAGUGCAUUUCCCUUGCUGACCAAAGAGAAGAGUUUAGACAGCUCAGGAACUUCAAAGUCUAGUGAGAGCUCUGCCAAGUCAUCAAAGGCCACAUACCUGGCUCCUGAGCAAGCAGUGAAGCAAUACAAGCACCAGCUCUCUGCUUAUGAACUACAAGAAAUCAGUAGUUUUUCUGAGAUACAUUUUGUGGGUCCAAAUGCAAAGAAGAGACAAGGAGUUGUAGGCGGUCCUAAUAAUGGAGGCUACGAUGAUGAUCAAGGAGGCUACAAUUUGGUGCCACAUGACCAUGUGGCAUACCGAUAUGAAGUUCUUAAGGUUAUUGGGAAGGGCAGCUUUGGCCAAGUUGCAAAGGUUUAUGACCACAAGCUUCACCAGCAUUUGGCAGUAAAGAUGGUCCGGAAUGAAAAGAGAUUUCACCGGCAGGCUGCAGAGGAGAUCCGCAUCCUGGAACACCUCAAGAAACAGGACAAGACUGGCAGUAUGAAUGUGAUUCACAUGCUGGAGAGUUUCACUUUCCGAAAUCACAUUUGUAUGACAUUUGAGCUUCUCAGCAUGAAUUUAUAUGAGUUAAUCAAACGAAACAAGUUCCAGGGUUUUAGUCUGCAACUUGUUCGCAAAUUUGCCCAUUCAAUCCUGCAGUGCUUGGAAGCUUUAUACAGGAAUAAGAUCAUCCACUGUGACCUAAAGCCUGAAAAUAUACUCCUCAAACAGCAAGGGCGUAGUGGUAUUAAAGUGAUAGAUUUUGGUUCUAGUUGCUUUGAUCACCAAAGAGUCUAUACAUAUAUACAGUCCCGUUUCUACAGAGCACCUGAGGUUAUACUGGGAAGUCGUUACGGUAUGCCCAUUGAUAUAUGGAGUUUUGGUUGCAUAUUAGUUGAGCUCCUUACUGGUUAUCCAUUGUUUCCUGGUGAGGAUGAGGGAGACCAACUAGCUUGUAUGAUGGAGCUUCUUGGUGCGCCACCUCCAAAGCUUCUAGAACAAGCCAAAAGAGCAAAGAACUUUAUUAACUCCAAGGGAUACCCACGCUAUUGUACUGUCACCACACUUCCUAAUGGGACAACAGUUCUCAAUGGCAGCAGGUCACGCAGAGGUAAAAUGCGUGGUGCGCCUGGCUGCAAAGACUGGGUUGCAGCUUUGAAGGGCUGUGAAGAUACCCUUUUCAUCGAUUUUUUGAAGGGUUGUCUCACCUGGGACCCAGUUGCACGUAUGACCCCUAGCCAGGCCAUGCGACAUCAGUGGAUUUCCAAGCGAUUGCCUAAGCCUUCAGUCACUGAGAAGUCUUCAGGUAAAAGAAUUACCAGCCAAACCAGCUCUUUUCCAGGAAUUGGCUCCAAACUGCCUCCAGUCGUAGGCGUGGGCAACAAAUUACGGGCCAAUUUAAUGAAUGACUCCAAUGGAAGUAUACCACUUCGAACAGUUCUACCCAAGCUAGUUAGCUAAUCCUGACUGGUACUAAGAUGAGUUGAUAUUGUGACUUGAUUUUAUUAAAAAUGAGGGAAGAAAGGUAUCCUUAAUGAUCAGACUCUGUGUUUCCCAUAUUAAUUGUAUUUAAAGGGCUAAACAUUUCAGUUUCCAUCUGGUACAUACUUGAUUUCCUCUAUUUUAUAGGUCAGUAUGUUUUGUCAAAAUACAAAGCAAUAAUAAUUUAGAAAAGACAAAUUACAAGAAUAGACUAACUUUUAUUUUGUUCAUGCAUUCAAAGACUAAAAUCCUGUAAUCAUGACAGGAGGUACUAUUUAGCCUAUCUGCUCAGUUGGUCUCUUCUCACUGCAGCCAUUUAAUUUGUCUGCCACAACAAAGUUUCAGUCAAAUGGCAGAAGACGCCAUGAGUUGGUAAUUUGCAAACUACAUCAUCUCCGUGAAAGUAGAAGUAAAAAUAGGCUUGUGUCACACCAGGAGAUCUACUUGUUUGGAAUGGAUUUUCAUUUUCUAUGAUGGAUUAAGUACAUUUUUCCUGCUUUUAUUGGCAGUUGAUAAUUUCCUGAUACAAAAUAGCCUUAUCAGUACAGUGCAAUGUCACACUGGGCAGUUUUUGUGCAUUUUGCCUGCCAUGUUUUUCAGUAGCCAAAACACACAAAUAUGCCCUCUAUGACUGUCACCAAGAGAUUCAGUUAUAAUGGACGGUAUAUUGCAUAUUGGCUUUAUAUAUUAAGGUUACUGACAAAUAUGGCAAGGCUGAAAAUAACCCACAUGUCAUUGCCAUUAGGUGAUAAUGAUCAGUCACCUUGUUUGCUGGAAAGACUGUGAAAGUUGCAUAUUAUUAUUGUCAUCAAUGAAACAGAGGGUCAAAUAGCAUAGUUUCAGAAAGCAUAGGAACCAUAUAGCCUAUAGAUUUGACUGGCACAGUAGCAGAUGAUGUUUGGUUGCAUCAUCUUUCCUAGACUUCCAUUUUUUGUCCUUGCCGCUUAAAAUAAAGUAGCAAGUGGGUGAUGUUUACAACUGAAGCUUGACUGCACCUCUCACUUCACACAAAAUGUACUUCUCAUUGCCAUGUUUGGCCAUUCUCCUUCUUAAAAAGCCACUUGGGACAGAUUUAUGUAGGAAUCAAACUGGGAAAUCUUAUUUAUCAACAAAAUUUUCCUGACAUUCAGGAAAAUAUUUUAACCGCAGAUAGAUGUGUUAUUUGCCAAAAUGUGGCAGUAAUCUAACUCAUUCACCCUCCGUGGGUAUUAACACAUACCCAAACCGAUCGCAUGCAAGAAAUUAAAAAAAUAAAAUGAUCUUGGGAAAUUGGCCGUUUUGUUAUUGAUAUGUUUAAAAGCCAUAGUACCUUUCUAAUUUGCCAUUUCUACCAUACUAGAGGUGUGUAUCGUAAAACAUGAUAUUGGUGUUGAGUUAAUGGACAAAAAUGUUAAAUUAUCUAAAAGCCACAUGCAGUGUUGCGUAAAGUAGAAGAAUGUUGUUUAAAACAUAAUUUUUUUUCUCCUGCUUUUUAUCAUAUGCUUUUCUUGCUUCUUAUGUGAGUUGUACUCCCUUAUGAACAAAACACUCGAAUAAAGGAGUGUUUUACACCUUCCCUAAGGCUAGGGUUGCCAUGUUUUUUAAUAAGAAAA